AUGGAGGAGAAUCCGACAUUCAGGAGCUCCAAGAUUAGUCGACUGCCGGCACCGUCGAUGUCGAUGUCAAUAGGGGCUGCGGGGGGUGGACUCACGGAAUGGAGCGAAUCGCAACAUAAUGCCCGCAUUGCGUCGACGGCAAGUUCAUUAUCGGCUCUGAAGAAUCUGAAGCGAGAGAUUCCUCAACCAGCAUCACAAUCCGACCCGAAGCGUAAACCUCUUUCUGAUCGCGCCCUCGAAUAUCCUUCAAAGCCGACAUCGCAUGUUCCCGCCGCGGCCGGUGUUAGGUCAAAUAUGAGGCCCCAGAGUUUAGCCGGAAUGUCCUCCGGGCUCAAGCAACCCUCGGCCACCCAGUCACGGUACGGCGCAUCUUCCAAUGUCUUCAGCAGAAACCAGGCCGCUCGAAACGGUGCUCCGACAGCCACAUCACGAAUCAAUGGAGUCAACGGCGUCAAUGGAGUCAAUGGGGUCAACGGACGUCCUGGCCAUGCCCGUUCGAAGAGUCAAGCGCCUCGGCCGCGAACGGCCCAUGCUCUCCGCGAAGAAGACCGAUACGAAGCUCCAACCAACAAUGCCUGGGACGUUGAUGGCCGAGUAGUUGAUAUGGAGUCUCAAUUCAAAGAGCUCAAGGAGAUGGUAAAUACCACCCUGAGCGAACGAAAGGGACAAGACGAUGCUCUUGAACUUGCCAAGAAGCGAGUGCAAGAGUUGGAGGGUGACAGAGAGAAACUUGACCUGAGGAACGAUGCACUCAAGUCCGAUCUUGACGCAGCAAGAGAAGAGGGACGCCAAAUCCGACAUGAGAUGGAAAAACAGAAGUGGGAAUACCAACGACAAGUGGAUGACCUGGAACGGAAGCACCGAGAAAGGAUCGACGAUAUGUCAAGACAGCACAGAACAGCAGUCGACGAGCUUCGAAGGGAACUGGACCGACUGAAAGAGCAAGAGACGAAAGACCAUGAGCAAAAGAUCGAAAGUCUGACAAGAAUGUACCAUCAAGAGCUGGCCGAAGAGCGACAGAAGAAGGACCGCGAAAUCCAGGAACUACGACUUCGAAUGGGCAAUGAGCAUCAAGACAUGGGAAUAGCCAUCCAGAGGAAGGACCGGGAACUUCAAGAAGUCAACUCUCAAGUGGAAGGCCUUCGAGGAGACUUGGAGCGGGAGCGUACAUUGAAGAACAGCCUGCAGACCAACAUCGCCGAACUAUCAGCAGCCAACACAACUCUCGAGGCCAAGAUCAACUCACUAAAAUCGCACGUCGAAUUUCUGGAAUCUGACAGUAAGGCACAAUCCGACUCCUUUUCCAGCAUGGAAGCGCGUCUACAAGAAGCUCUGCGCAUUGCAGAAGAGGCCCAACACAAACUCAUCAAGGAGGAGACGGAACGCCGAGUACUUUUCAACAAGUACCAGGAGCUCAAGGGCAACAUCCGAGUUAUGUGUCGUGUGCGACCUGCACUUGGAAAUGGUGAGGGCGAGGAGGCCAAGAUGUUGUUCCCCGAUGACAAGACAUCUGCUGAAAUUGUUCUGGCCGGCCCUGAGGAGAAGAGUAGUUUGGGACAGAUCACACGAAAGAACUAUCCCUUCGAGUUUGAUCGGGUUUUUGUUCCUGGCACUCAAAACCAGGAGAUCUUUGGUGAGAUUUCUCAGCUUGUCCAGAGUGCUCUUGACGGAUACAAUGUUUGUAUCUUCUGUUAUGGUCAAACUGGAUCCGGAAAGACACACACCAUGUCCUCAAACGACGGUAUGAUCCCUCGUGCCACCCACAUGAUCUACGACACCAUUACCAAGCUCAAGGAGAAGUCUUGGGAGUACACAAUGGAGGGUUCAUUUGUUGAGGUGUACAACGAGGAGCUCAACGACCUGUUGACGCCAAAUGAGCGAUCGGCGAAGAGGCUCGAGAUUCGGCAUGACGAAGCUCGCAAGCAGACAACCAUCACAAACUGCACGUCAGUCCGUCUCGACAGCCCGUCAAGUGUGGAGACGAUGCUUGAAGAAGCGCAGAACAAUCGAUCAGUGGCUGCCACCAAGGCCAACGAGCGAUCAUCCCGUUCUCACAGUAUCUUCAUCCUGAAGCUCAUCGGAGAGAACUCAGCUACAGGGGAGCGCUGCGAGGGCACGCUCAACCUGGUCGAUUUGGCUGGUUCCGAGCGCCUCAAACAUUCACAGGCUGAAGGCGACCGUAUGAAGGAGACACAGAACAUCAACAAGAGUCUCAGCUGUCUCGGUGAUGUUAUUGAGGCCCUUGGUCGAGGUUCAGGACACAUUCCAUACCGCAACUCCAAGUUGACACACUUGCUACAGUACAGUUUAGGCGGUAACAGCAAGACCCUAAUGUUUGUCAUGGUGUCGCCUCUUGAGCAGCACCUGAAGGAAACAUUGACGAGUCUUCGAUUUGCAACAAAGGUGCACAACACUCAUAUUGGUACAGCCAAGGCUACCAAGAAGGUUCGCGAUUCUACAUAG